CAGGAGCAGACGCUGCGGGGGAUCGCCGCCCAGGGCGAGGGCGCGGACUCGCAGAUCCGCCAGGGCCAGCUGACGUCGAGCUGCCAGGUCAUGCUGAAGAACUCCCAGAUCGAGAGGCAGUUCGGCGAGAUCCUGUACGGGCUGAAGCAGGACAAGGUUUUCGCCGUGCAGAGCUACGCGCUCGACUUCGUCGAGAGGUUCGACGAGGUCCGGGCUCUGGACGCGGCCGCUGGGCCCGGUGAUCAUCGAUACUCAGCAGCUGACACGGAUCGCCGACGUCUACGCCAAGGCCAACAGGGAUCUCCAGAGCAUCUUCAAGGCCCUGCCCAAGGACGCGCAGGAGGAGGCGAGGGAGCUGGCGCAGCUCGCGCGCGAGAACGACAGGCGCACGCUCGAGCGCGGGCAGGAGGGCGGCGCUUGACGCUUCCCCCUUACGUUCCAGGGCCCACUUCGAU